AGAGACCAAAUAAGAAGAAAGCUGAGAAAGGGUUGGAAAACGUUUUCGAAUGACAAAGAAUGGGUUUCCAUUUAAUUACGCAGCUGAAAGGCAUGAGUGUGGUUCUGGUGCUACUUCCGACCCUGCUGCUUUUUAUGCUCACGGGAGCUCAGAGAGCUUGCCCAAAAAACUGCAGGUGUGAUGGGAAAAUUGUGUACUGUGAGUCUCACGCUUUUGCAGAUAUCCCAGAGAACAUUUCCGGAGGGUCCCAAGGCUUAUCGUUAAGGUUCAAUAGCAUUCAGAAGCUCAAAGCCAAUCAGUUUGCUGGCCUUAACCAGCUUAUAUGGCUUUAUCUUGACCAUAAUUAUAUUAGCUCCGUGGAUGAAGAUGCCUUUCAAGGGAUCCGUAGACUGAAAGAAUUAAUUCUCAGCUCCAACAAAAUUACCUAUCUGCACAAUAAAACAUUUCACCCAGUUCCCAAUCUCCGUAAUCUGGACCUCUCUUACAAUAAACUUCAGACUUUGCAAUCGGAACAAUUUAAAGGCCUGCGGAAGCUCAUCAUUUUACACUUGAGAUCUAACUCCCUAAAGACUGUGCCCAUAAGAGUUUUUCAGGACUGCCGAAAUCUUGACUUUCUGGAUUUGGGUUACAAUCGUCUUAGAAGCUUGUCACGCAAUGCUUUUGCUGGCCUUUUGAAAUUGAAAGAGCUUCACUUGGAACACAACCAGUUUUCCAAGAUCAACUUUGCUCAUUUUCCACGUCUCUUCAACCUCCGUUCCAUCUACUUACAGUGGAACCGGAUUCGCUCCAUCAGCCAAGGCCUGACCUGGACUUGGAGUUCCUUACACAACUUGGAUUUAUCAGGGAAUGACAUCCAAGGCAUUGAACCAGGCACAUUUAAAUGCCUACCCAACUUGCAAAAACUGAAUUUGGAUUCCAACAAGCUGACCAACAUCUCCCAGGAAACUGUCAAUGCAUGGAUUUCACUAAUAUCCAUUACUUUGUCUGGAAAUAUGUGGGAAUGCAGUCGGAGCAUUUGUCCACUGUUUUAUUGGCUCAAGAACUUCAAAGGAAAUAAGGAAAGCACCAUGAUCUGUGCCGGACCUAAGCACAUCCAAGGGGAAAAGGUGAGCGAUGCAGUGGAAACAUACAACAUCUGUUCUGAAGUCCAGGUGGUUAACACGGAAAGAUCACAUCUGGUCCCUCAAACUCCCCAGAAGCCUCUGUUUCUCCCCAAACCCACCCUCUUCAAGCCUGAUACCACCCAAUCCACCCUUGAUACAGCAAGCCCUUCCCCGGGGUUUCAGAUUCCUGGCGCAGAGCAAGAAUAUGAGCAUGUUUCCUUUCACAAAAUUAUUGCAGGGAGUGUGGCUCUGUUUCUCUCGGUGGCCAUGAUCCUCUUGGUAAUCUAUGUGUCUUGGAAACGCUAUCCCGCCAGCAUGAAACAACUUCAACAACAUUCUCUUAUGAAGAGGCGGCGGAAAAAGGCCAGAGAGUCUGAGAGACAAAUGAAUUCCCCUUUACAGGAGUAUUAUGUGGACUACAAGCCUACAAACUCUGAGACCAUGGAUAUAUCGGUUAAUGGAUCUGGGCCCUGCACAUAUACCAUCUCUGGCUCCAGGGAAUGUGAGAUACCACACCACGUGAAGCCGCUGCCCUACUACAGCUACGAACAGCCAGUGAUGGGGUACUGCCAAGCCCACCAGCCGCUACACGUCAACAAGGGCUAUGAGACCAUGUCUCCAGAGCAAGAAGAGAGCCCCAGCCUAGAGCUUGGGAGAGACCACAGCUUCAUAGCCACGAUUGCCAGGUCGGCAGCACCGACCAUUUACCUGGAAAGAAUAACAAAUUAA